UAUAAAUGCAUAUCAGUUCACAUUCAUCGUCAUCAUCAUCGAAGGCUAUAUAUAUAGAUAGCCAGGGUUCAUCUGUCCAUGCCGAUUCUCCUGUCGAUCGUUUUCUCAGAUCUCCAUAGUCUUCUCCAGUCUACGCUCAUUCUUCUCAUUAAUUUAAUACAUCAAACUUUAUACGCAUAUCCUUCAUUAUUAUUGCUUGCCGCAUCAAUUUCAUUUUGACUCUUUCCAUGGCAAACAAAAUUCUCGUUACGGGCGGUGCCGGUUAUAUUGGAAGUCAUACGGUUCUUCAGUUAUUGCUCGGUGGCUACCAGGUUGUCGUCGUCGAUAACCUUGAUAACUCCUCCGAUGUUUCAAUCAAGCGCGUUCAAGAGAUCGCCGGCAACAAUGGCUCCAAUCUUGUCUUCCAUAAGAUGGACCUCCGUGAUAAGCCAGCAUUGGAGAAAAUUUUCGAUUCAACAAAGUUUGAUGCUGUCAUACAUUUUGCUGGAUUAAAAGCAGUUGGUGAAAGUGUGAAGAAACCCUUGUUGUAUUUUAACAACAACCUUAUUGGCACGAUCUAUCUAUUGGAAGUCAUGGCUUCUCAUGGGUGCAAAAAGCUGGUCUUUUCAUCAUCAGCCACUGUUUAUGGUUGGCCUAAGGAGGUACCUUGCACAGAAGAAUUUCCUCUUUCUGCUGCUAACCCAUAUGGAAGGACCAAGCUUUUCUUAGAGGAAAUAUGUCGAGAUCUCUACAAUUCUGAUUCUGGGUGGAAAAUUAUGCUGCUGAGAUACUUCAAUCCUGUGGGUGCACAUCCUAGUGGCAAAAUUGGUGAAGAUCCUCGUGGUAUCCCGAACAAUCUGAUGCCUUUUGUACAACAAGUUGCGGUUGGUAGGCAGCCUGCUUUAACUAUAUAUGGAACUGACUAUGUAACAAAGGAUGGUACAGGGGUUCGUGAUUACAUCCAUGUAGUUGAUUUGGCUGAUGGUCAUAUUGCGGCUCUGAACAAGUUAUCUGAUCCUUCUGUAGGUUGUGAAGUGUAUAAUCUAGGAACUGGGGAAGGAACAUCAGUUCUGAAUAUGGUUGCAGCAUUUGAGAAGGCUUCUGGAAAGAAAAUACCUCUGGUGUUUGCGGGGAGAAGAGGUGGUGAUGCUGAAAUUGUGUAUGCGUCGACAGCUAAGGCAGAGAAGGAGUUGAAAUGGAAGGCAAAAUAUGGGAUCGAGGAGAUGUGCAAAGAUCAGUGGAACUGGGCCAGCAAGAACCCUUAUGGAUAUGAAUCCCCCGAGAAUGGUCACCAUUAGUCUUACAGAGUGUAAUCUUCUUGUGAUACUGUGAUACAAGUCUCUUGUAUCGUCGUCUAGUUAUUGACUGUUAAAAAAAGGAGCUAGAAAGGUUAAAAAAAAUGCAGAAAGUAAAUGCAUAGGUGCUGUAGUUUACUUAAUAAUAUGAAGAAGAAGAAAAGGAGGAGUUGGAGAAGAUGUCUUUAUUCGUUCUAUUACAGUUAAUCUAAAGUUACAUUAUCAUAUUAUUUUAUAAUGGAAUAUUCUUUUUAGAACAAACUUGGAAUUA